AUGGACUUAGACAGGAAGAUUAGCAAGUAUUCAGUUGUGGUCGGUGCAUUCGCAACGGCUGCAUUGGUGAUGUUCACAGUCAGUCUGGUGUCACCAAUAUAUACGAUACAUUUUAGACAAGAGUCCAUGGUCAAUGCAAACACUCAUCGACUGGUAGUGGACGACCAGGUAUUCUUCUCGUACAAAUGUUAUCACUCUCAUCAGGUCAACAACUCUAGACGUUACUCAUGGGUCGAUUCAUCAUACCCUCGCAUGAACAGUAUACUAUCACUGUCGGCCACAUUGUUAAUCAUUUCAAUCAUUUUCCUUAUACUGUUUGGAAUCAAUAUGGUACCGAUAAAGAAGGUUGGCGCCACUCGCUUCCAAGUGCUUGGAUUCAUCCUGGUGUCAAUCACAACAGCACUGACCUUUGUCUCUCUUCUCUUGUUCUCUGGCACUCCCAAUGCACUGCGCUACACCACACAAGCAGGUGGCGAUCCAACCUGCAUCCAAAGGAAUCGAUUCGUUCAUCAAUGUGCAUCACAUAUGGGUUCCGAUAAAGAUGGAGACAGUGAAUACAAAUGGGGAUUCAAUCUAGGAUUCUGGGCAGAGGUGGCAGGCUUCUUAUUGUUGAUUGUGAUCAUUCCAUUGUAUGUUAAGAUCAUUAGACUGUUGAGCCAGGAGAGACAACUGGAUAUUCAGAAUGUGGAAGCGGCAAACAACACUGAACCAAAAGAGCCAGAACAUAUUGUCGUUGGUGUGAGCCAAGACAUUGUAUAUGGCAUCGAUGAAGUUGAUGAGAAGUAA